AUGAAGAUACCAGAAUUGAAGUGCGUUGAAUCCAAAACAGAGAAUAAGCAUUUUCAUUAUAGUCGUUUCACUCUAUCUUCGCUUCGCAAAGGUCAAGCUAAUACAAUAGGCAGUGCAAUAAGAAGAGUUUUACUUGGAGAAGUAGAAGGAACAUGUAUCACACGUGCUAAAUUUCACAAUAUAUCAAACGAAUAUUCCGCAUUGGAACCUAUUUGGAUCACAUCUGGGCAGAUAGAAGCAGGACGACGAGCAAUUACUCGCUAUGCCUGUCGCGGUGUAAAAAUAUGGAUACGUAUAUUUCCCAACAAACCUAUUAGAAUGAGACCUGCAGAAAUACGUAUGGGUUCGGAGAAAGCCAAGGGAUCUCCAGAAUAUUGGGUAUCCGUGGUCAAACCAGGUCGAAUAAUUUAUGAAAUAAGUGGAGUAUCAGAGACUAUAGCUAGAGCAGCUUUUCAAAUCGUUGCGUAUAAAAUGCCUAUACAUACUAAAUUUAUUACUAGUUUCCGUAAAUAA